AUGGAAAUGUCAACUGGAAUGAAGAUCUCCUUUCUGGUACUGGCAACAGGAGAACUUGUAUUAGGGAUGCUGGGAAACGGGCUCAUUGGACUGAUCAACUGCAUCGAAUGGAUGAAGAGUCGGAAGGUCUCAUCAGCUGAUUUUAUCCUCACCAGCUUGGCUAUGGCCAGAAUCAUUCAACUGUCUAUAACACUAUUUAAUUCAUUUAUAGCGGCGUUAAGUCCUCAUCUGUAUGCCACCGGUAUACUAGCAAAUCUGGUUAGUAUUCUUUUGACACUAACUCAUCACUUGACUACCUGGCUAGCUGCCUGCCUCAGCAUUUUCUACUUGCUGAAGAUAGCCAACUUCAACCACUUCUUUUUCCUGUGGCUGAAGGCGAGAAUGAACAGAGUGGUGCUUGUUGUCUCCCUGGGGUUUUUGUUUUCAGUGUGUGUUAACUUUUUAAUUCUGGAAGCUUUCGGUGAGUUGGGGAUAAAUACCUUCCACGUACAUGAAAGGAACAUGACUGUGCAUUUCGUUGUAUGUGAAAUUUUCUAUUUUAAAAGCCUUACUCUUUUCAGCUUGACUUUUGUCAUCCCCUUUCUUCUUUCCCUGACCUCUUUGCUCCUUUUAUUACUGUCUUUGGUGAGACACACCAAGAAUAUGCAGCUCAACUCCAUGGGCUCGGGGGACUCCAGCACAGAGGCCCAUAAAAGGGCCAUGAAAGUGGUGACCACCUUCCUCAUCCUCUUCAUUAUUUACUUUUUUCCCACGGUAAUAGGAAGCUGGAUCUUCCAUAAAGUACAGAGCUAUGAGGUCAUGAUGUGUUUUGUGGUCAUUUCAACUGCCUUUCCCUCAGGCCACUCAUUUAUUAUAAUUUUGGGAAACAGGAAGCUAAGACAGAGCUCCUUGAGACUACUGUGCCAUCUUAAAUUCUCUCUGAGAAAAGCAAAACCUUUAAUUUCAUAG